AUGUUGAAACAAUUUGUUUUUUUAUUAGGAAUACUCACUUUGGGGCUUGCAAUUGAGCCUGUUGAAGUCAAGGGUAACGCAUUUUUCGUGAAGGGAUCAAAUGAGAGAUUUUACAUUAGGGGGCUUGAUUACCAACCGGGGGGAUCGUCGAAUCUUUUUGAUCCCUUAGCGGACAAGGACACAUGUGAGAGAGAUAUCAAGUACUUCAAGGACUUGGGUAUUAACACUCUUAGAGUCUACUCUAUCGACAAUACCGCAGACCACGAUGACUGUAUGUCAUUGUUAGCGGAUGCUGGGAUCUACGUGAUUAUUGAUGUUAACAUUCCCGAUGCUUCUAUAGCCAGAAACGAUGCCAAGUGUUCUUACAAUACCAUGUAUUUGAACGAAGUCUUAGCCAGUGUUAACCACUUGGCUCAAUAUGAUAAUGUUUUGGGAUUCUUUGCUGGUAACGAAGUAAUUAAUGAUGAAGAAUCUACAAGUGCAGCUACAUAUGUGAAGGCCGUUGUCAGAGACAUUAAGACUUUCAUCAAGAACAAGAAGUUGCGUUCUAUACCUGUAGGUUACUCAGCUGCCGACAUUGAAGAAAAUAGAUUGGAAACUGCUCAAUUCUUCAACUGUGGUGAUGACGAAAUGGCUAGGGUUGACAUGUUUGGUUUUAACGAUUACUCGUGGUGUGGUCGUUCGUCGUACACCACAAGUGGAUACGAUAAGAAGGUAGAGGAAUAUUCUAAUUACUCAAUUCCUUUAUUCUUAUCUGAAUACGGUUGUAAUAAGGCCACUCCAAGACCAUUCACUGAAGUUGAAGCACUCUACUCCGAAAAGAUGACAAAGGUAUUCUCUGGUGGUCUAGUUUACGAAUACUCUGAAGAAGACAACAACUACGGAUUAGUUAAACUUUCCAGCGAUAACAAAACUGUUACCACAAAUGAUGAUUUUGAUAACUUGAAGUCUGAGUUCUCUAAAACUAGCAAUCCAAAGGGUGAUGGUGACUACCAAUCCGACUUAGACUAUUCAAAGUGUCCAUCCGUGAACAGUAACUGGAAUGCUACCAGUAAGCUUCCAAGUACUCCAAAGGGUGCGUUAAAGUAUGUCAAUGCAGUUGUUGAUCCUGAAGGAAAUGGUUUUGAUGCUUCUACCCAAUGGGCUUGUGUUGAUGGAAACAACGAUGUUGAUGAUUCUAGCGAUUAUAAGAACGGUAAAAAGACUGGAUCAUCCUCUUCUACAAAAACCUCAUCAAGUUCGUCAUCCUCGAGUUCUGGCUCUGGUUCUGGUUCUGGCUCUGGGUCGUCCAGCUCUUCUUCAAGGCAGUCAGGUGCAAAUACUUUGAACUACACAUAUUUGAACUUGAUAGUCGCAUUGGCCGGAUUCCUUAUCUGA